AUGACUGAAGGAAUAUCAUUUGAAGAAGAAACACUAUCUCAGAUAUCAAUUCUAUUAGAUGGUAUUCAUAUGUCAGACACAGCAGAUUCUUUUGGAGCUUUAAAUGCAUAUCUCAGCGAAAUUAAAUUUCCAUCAAUACCAGAAAUCAUUUCAAGCCGAAUAAUUCAUGAAGCAAACAGAUUAAUAGAAAGUUCUGUUGACGAUGAUAACACUAAACUUAGUAUUGUAACAUGCAUCGCUUUUGCCUUUAGAUUUAUUCCAUCUCCUUUUGAAACCAUAAGCGAAACAACUAUUUUACCAUACAUUUCGAUGUUCUUAGAGAAUGAGCCAGAUGUUCCACUUUUAAAUCAAAUAUUAGAAUUAUUAAAUAUUUUAUGCAUAGAUUGUCAAAAACACAACUACGGGGAAAAGGCACUUGUUUUGGAAUAUCUACAAAGCAAUCUUCUUGUCAUAAUUUACAAUAUUGAUAUUGAUGAAGAAAAUGCAGAUGUACUCAUAUCCGUUUUAUCAGUAAUUAUGACAAUUUCGCACACCAUCAACCAAACACCAACUAGAUAUCAAUCAUUAUUCGAUCUUUUGAUUCUUUUACUAGAUUCACCUUUGCAAAUUUCAGAAAAGAUUUUAGAGUUCUUAUACAAUCUCCUACAGAAACAUAUUAAUCUUUACUCAUGUCUCCAAGAAAAUGACGUUACUUCUUUGAUUGAAUUCUCAAAAUGCGAUUCUUAUCUAGCCCAAAGAUAUUCUUCAUCAAUAUUAAUAUAUUUGACAUCAAAACAAGAAAACUUACAGUUUUUUAUGGACAACGGCUUAUUUGACAUACUUUUGACAACUAUUCAUGAAGAUAUCAGCAAAAAGAGCAAUGUCGCAUGCUCGCCUAUGUUCGAAUGCAUUUAUAACCUUUCACAGUUUGAUAAAGAUUUAAUAGAAGUGUUUUUCCAAUCAGAUUUAUUGAAUUCGGAUGCUUUGCUUGGAGUUCCAUACUCUAUAUCUAAAUCGUUAAUCAAAUUGAUAGAUCUUGCUAUCAAAAACUUCGCAGACAAUCCUCCAUUCUUAAACAAUAUUCAAUUAGUGGUUGAAGUUACAAAAACUUGUCUUCUUUCGGAUGACAAGGAAAUAGUUAUGAUAUCACUUGAUAUCCUCGAACAGCUAAUACAUCAAAACAUUGAAGUUGACGCUGCCGAUACUCUUGCUUGCCUUUCUGAAAGUGAAGAUCCAGAUUUAUCAGAAAGAGUAGCAAAACUAUUGGAAAUUGUUAGCUAA